AUGGUGCGCGAGGAGCAGCUCCGCAUCACGGUGCCGAGCCUCUUCCGGUGCCCGAUCUCGCUCGACGUCAUGCGGUCGCCGGUGAGCCUCUGCACCGGCGUCACCUACGACCGCUCCUCCAUCCAGCGCUGGCUCGAGUCCGGCCACCAGACCUGCCCCGCCACCAACCAGCCCCUCCCUUCCACCGACUUCGUCCCCAACCUCGCCCUCCACCGCCUCAUCCACCUCUGGAUCCAGUCCUCCCCCUCCGCCCGCCUCGCGGGCGCCCUCGCUCCCCCGCCGGCGGCGAGGUCCUCCCCCGCCGAGGUUCGCGCCCUGAUGGAGCAGAUCGCGACGGGAGCGGCCCGGGAGAGCUGCUGCGGCGCGUUGAGGAAGGUCGCGGAGUUCGCGGGCUACCGCGAGGAGAACAGGAGGUACUUGGCCGGUUCCGACGGUUUCGUGGAGGCGAUUGUUCAGGUAAUGAGGAGAGAUGGAGGUUCGGAAUCGGAAGUCGAGGUCUUGGAGUUGGCGGUGAGGGUUCUGGAGUCGAUCUUGACGGAAAAUGGAGUUAAAGAGCGGUUGAGCAGGCGAUUGCUCCGGAGCGACCGUGGGAACUGCUUAUCUCCGAUCGUUUCGGUCCUGCGCAGUGGAAGAUUAGCGUCGAAGAUCGGUGCGGUGAGGAUUUUGGACUCAAUCGCGGUCGACAACGAGUCCAAACGCUCGAUCGCUGAAACGAAGGACGUCCUCGCCGAAUCAAUCCGGCUUCUCGCCGCCGAGUCCGACGACAGCCUGCGCGACGCCGUCCUGUCGUUCCUCAUCAAGGUGACGGCGGCUCGGUCGAUGAAGACCCAGCUGGUCCAGCUCGGCCUCGUCCCGAUCCUCUCCGGCUUCAUCUCCAAUCAGGACUCCACCAACCCGACCGUCGAGCGCGCUCUGAGACUGACGCAGCUGGUCUCGACGGUCGCGGAAGGGCGGCAGGCGAUGAGCGAGGACGCGACGCUCGCCAGCUCGCUGGUGGGGAGGCUGAUGAAGGUGUCGAAGGCGGCGACGGAGGACGCGGUGGCGGUGCUGUGGAGCAUGUGCUGCGUGUCCGGAGAUUCGAGGGUGAAGGAGCGUGUGUGGAGGAGCAAUGGCGUGACCAAGGUCUUGCUGGUGAUGCAGACCGAAGAAGAUGCGGACGUGAGGAGGAUGUGCCGUGAUCUGGUGAAGGUCUUGAGAUCCGGGUGCAACACUGUCGAUUCUGGGUUGGUGAGCUAUGAGACCAGAACUACUCACAUCAAGCAUUGUUGA